AUGGCUAACUCGCUGGGCAACCUGUCUGCAUCUGCCCUAUUUAGCGCUGCUGGCCAGACGGUGCUUAUCACAGAAGGGUGCUCUAGAACAGGUAUCAUCGCCGCAACCACUCUCGUAGAGAACGGUGCCAGGGUGUACAUAGCUUCUAAAGACGAAAUACGACUCCAAGAGUCAAAAAACGCCCAGAUACAGGAGGAGCUUAGCAGACGUGGCCCAGGAAGUUGUGAUUAUAUCGUAGCCAACCUUGAGGAGUCACGAUUUAGAGAUAGUAGUUGGGACCUAGAGUUGGCCUCCCAUGUCAAGAGUUUGCUCUAUGUUACCGGUGGUUUGACGGAAUCGCUCGCCAAAGCCGCAACCUCCUCAAUUCCUGGACGUAUUAUUAAUAUUCCGAUCCAGGUCCUCCGAGAUUGUCGUGAGGACCGGGCUGAAGCCGAACAGGCAUUGAGCUACGACACCCACAAAUCAGCCGUGAGCCACCUCACCACGGUACUUUCGACAUCUUUAGCCUGCAAGCAUCUAAGGUGA